GCAUGAGCAGUAGAGGGAACGGAGCAGCCGCCGAAAGCGUAAAGAGAGCCAUAAUUCGCCGGGCCGCCCCGCAAUCAGUUGAACCGUUCCGUAAAUUCUCGCGGUACGUGCAACUACGCAAAAGAACGUACGCGUGUUUCACAGGGAUUCAUUGAUCUUCACACGCGUAACAUCGUGCGCGGCUUUGCGAUUCGUAUAUCGCGCUUCUGAGGGGACGAGUCGAGUGUCGUCGAGCAAGAGAGAAAGAAGCCUCGGAAAUAGUAGUGCUGAGCGAGGCGCGCAACGAAGAAGAAAAUGAAAAGAAACACAGUGCCUCAUUAACAGCUACGCACCGAAAUCGAUUAUACCUGUCAGUUAAUUGUCUGUCAACUGGUUCUUCGUUACACAUAAUUCCCAUCUUUUCCUUCAAUCAACUUCCACAUGUCGCUCGUAUCAGGACGAAGGGACUCUUCUUUCAUUAUUAUUUCCAACUCCUAGUGCGACUAGAUACCAGAGAGAAAAAUACUAACUGCAGAGAUACCAAAGAUAUCAGAACGAAGGAAAGAAAAGUGUGUAACCUGAAAACUGAACAAAUAAAAACUGAACAAAUAAAACUGAACAAAAAGAAAAAGAAAAGUAAAAAAAGUGUAUAAAAACCGGAAGAGGAAUGGUAAGCAAAAACAUCAGAAUAAGACAAAGUCUUGUCUUUGUCAUUAAUAAUAAGGAUAAAAGUACGAAGGAGAACCUUUGUAGGCUCAUUUCCCGGCACUGGAUGUCGGACUGACGCGUCGACCGCGACGCAGAAGGACAGAAGGUGCAAGCGUUUCGGUAUGCGCGAAAAAGUGAUAUAUACUAACAUCUCCAAGGAACAAUUAAACAUUAAGAAAAAGCGAGAGAAAAAGAGAAGAUUUAUUUCUAUCAUAAGCUUACAAACCAGAAGUCAGGAUGGUGUAAUGGAAAUAGUUCCUCGAGAAAUAUCUGAUUAUCAAUAUUACACGGACAAAGUGGUCGAAUAAUCAAAAUAAAAAAAGUAACCAAAUACUUCAAUUUCGGGGAACUAUUCAGCAGAUAUUACACUUUCAUACUACAGUAUCUGAUACUAAUUAGAUAUAGUAUCUGAUUCAAAAAGUUCAACGCCGGACAUUUCUAAGCUAACAGCGGAUUACUUCACUGUAAGAAACAAUAGAGGACGACAACUGCGAACCAUCAAAAUAAGCAAUAGCGUCUCUCGCGCCAAGUACAUGUAGCAGCACUACAUUAUUUCGUGAUCUCAGUCCGACGUUUUACCGUGCGCUUCCAGGUGCCACUCCUAUCAUGAGCCAAGUACUAUGAGAUUCUUCAACGUGGUGUACGCGAAGUUUCCCCUAUACCUACUUUUAUUUGGGAUUGGGCGCUUAGCUUUCAUUUCUUGGCUUUCACUUCUGAUAACAAUACCUUUGGAAGGAACAAACCGUAAAAAGGAAUCUGUGACGAUCCGUGACGACUUUUUCGAAGCAUCGAACAAUUGUUGAACGCUGCGACCAGGUUAUUCGCCAUACAUACUUAAGCUUGGCGAUUAAAUUCGGGCGCGAUUGAGUCGAGGACCUUCAAGGAAUAUACAGAACGGACAAGGAAUAGGAAACGUGAGUGUAAACGAAGAAAGACUGGUGAAGUGUGGUCCGAGAGUAUAGAGCACGAGCAACACGUCGAGUGUGAGCACGAUAGCACCGCGGGUCGUUCUCAAGGGGACGGACGCCAUGGCGGCUUCUUCGUCCUCAUCGACUGGCGGAGAGCAGCAAUACUCUCUUAGAUGGAACGACUUUCAAUCGAGCAUUCUCAGUUCCGUACGUCAGCUGAGAGAUGUGGAAGAUUUUGUCGACGUCACGCUCGCCUGCGACAGCUGCAGCUUUACCGCACAUAAGAUCGUUCUUUCGGCGUGCAGUCCGUACUUUCGAAACUUGCUCAAGGCAAAUCCAUGUCCUCACCCAAUUGUAAUCCUGAAGGAUGUGGCUUCGUCGGACAUGGAGUCCUUGCUACGUUUUAUGUAUCAUGGGGAAGUGCACGUGGGUCAGGAGCAGCUACCUGCUUUCCUGAAGACGGCUCAAAUGCUUCAAGUGCGGGGUUUGGCGGACGUUAAUAGUGGCGCCACGAAAAUUCCAUCGUCGUCGGCCGGCAACAACGGUAGCGCACCUGCAACCCCACGUAACUGGCAAGAUAACGGCAGAGGAGAUCUCAAUGAAAGUGAGUUGAGUCCACCAGAAAAGCGAGCAAGAAGUUACAGUCCUCCAAUAGGAAACCACGUCGAACCAAAAUUGGAUCUUCAGGAAUCCUUGUUAGGUCAGGCACUCGAAGGUGGUCCCACGAUACACACGACAUCCACAAACAAUAUACAGGCGCAAUCAACUGGCGAAGAUUCGAAUUCUAUGUCAGAAAACGAAGAGGAUGUAUCGAAUCACGGCAGCAUUCUUAACGCAGUGAAGACCGAGCCAAGUGAUAUUCUAAAUGAUUCUAUAGAACACCAUCGAGCCACCAGCUUUCCUGCAGCGUUGUUAAGUCUUCAAGGCAUGAAUAUGCCAGGACCCUCCGGCAUGCAUCAAGUAGCCAACCAGGAUCCAAACUACGGGCGGUGGCAGCCCUCUGGAGGAGAUGGUUCAAGUUCGAGUUCCGGUUGGCUGCCAGGUUCAUCCUCCAAGAACGAGCAGGCCGGGUCUGAAACCUACCAGAGCGGCGGAGGUCACAACUCGAAAGGGCAGGAUCUCUCGGGCUUGCUUCAGCAUCAUCAUCAUCAGCAUCAUCACCACCAUACCACCAGCCAACAGUCAUCGCAGCAACACACCCUCAAUGCCCUCAACUCCCUCAAUAAUCUAAACAGUGAGCAACUUACGAUGAUGCAUCAGAAACUGCAGAACAAUCUCCAAAGUCUCCAGCAGAGCACUUCUGUCAAGAAUGAGCAAUUAAAUCUGAUACUGCAGUCUUGUGCGAAGGACAAGAUCGAUAUGGCGAUACUCCAUCAACAAUCUCACAGGCGAUAUCAUCAGCAAAGGGAGGACGCCAAUCAAACCGGUAAACCCAAGUGUCCCGAAUGCGGCAAGAUAUAUUCGAACAAUUCUAAUUUAAAGCAGCACAUUGUUAACGUUCACACUGUGCAGACUGAGUACAUUUCGUGUCAUGUGUGCAGCAAGCAAUUCAAGACCAAGCAGUACUUGCAGAUUCAUCUGCUUUCUAUGCAUGGUAUCAGAAAGCGAAAAACUUAUCCUCUGUAUCACCAGAUACAGACACAUGUGCAGGCGCAACAGCAAUCUUUGCAACCUGCCUCACAAGUUUCCGCAAACCAACAGUCUCAACAAUAA